UGGAAAUUUGUGUGGCAACGCUGGCCGUCAUUUGUUUAUUUUUGUUCGAGAAAUAGAAAUAUUAAAAAAAUAACAUUUGACAUGAAUUCUAAUGGAGACGAGCUGCAUCCAAACUGGCGAGCACUGACUACACUGCAUGUGCCAUUAAAACGCUUUAUACGCGCUGGCGCUGCUGAAGAGGCAAAGCAGCAACCUGAGAAGCAUAAAAUCGAUGGCAUCACUGGAGACGAAGUGCACCAGUUUUACCAGGAAGUUCUGGAGACGCCAGCAACCGCUAGAAAAGUAACCAAAAGUCCUUCAAGGCCUAAGGAACCCCCACAGUUGCCCUACGACAGAAAUCGCUUCUUCCGCUUGGCCCAGAGUAACAAUGUGAAUGAAUUGCGUAAAAUGUGCAUUGAGGAGGAGGCAGACUUAAACGCUUGUGAUACUUAUGGCUGGACAGCAUUGAUGAUGGCAGCUUGUGAAGGCGCCACAAACUCUGUUGCCUGGUUACUGCAACUUGGUGCAAGUACUGAAAUCAAAGACAGAAGCGGAAACACAGCUUUACAACUUGCAAAAAGGAAAAAUCAUGUAACUAUUGUAGAAUUACUGCAACAGGGAAAUUCUGUUGAUGCGACAGAUGAUGCAGUUGAUGAUGAAUCUACAGCAAUGACAACGCCAUUCUUCUGCGACCUUUGCCAAAGGGAUUACAAGGAGUCCAGCUGGCGCACACAUCAAACAUCCACCAUACAUCGUUUCAACAGUAAAUCCCAAGUGACCGCCAACAAACUCCAAAAGUUCAACAUUCCGGGCAAGAAUCGCGGCCUGCAACUGAUGGUGAAGCAGGGCUGGGACCGCGAACAUGGCCUGGGACCAACACAAAGCGGACGCCUCUAUCCGGUGAAGACGGUGCUGCGCAAGCAACGCACCGGAUUGGGAAUUGAACAAUCCCCGGCGCGAGUGACACAUUUUAAUGCCUUUGACACGGAAGCCACAAGGCGACGCAGUGGGCAACAGCCACGACAUCGCACACGCAACGAAAUGAGGCAAGAGAAGUUACAAGCUUGGCGACAGGAACGCAGACUGCGGCAUGAGUUGAGCUGAUGUUGAAAUUGUAAAUAAACCACAAAAUAA